CAAGAAUCAAGAUUCAAGAUGGAGGUGUCAUUUUUUCAUCUGGAUUGAUUCGUGACUCAUCAUUCACGUAGCAACCCCUUGAAAGCCACCGAAAUUGAUGACCGAAAUUUUGUAACCUUAUUUUUCUAUGGUAGAAAUGAAUUUCUUUUGAAAAAUUAAUACAGUAAUCGAUGUUAAAAUCUGUUUUCGUACCGUACUACUUACAAGUUGCAAUCAACGUCAUCGAAUGCAUCGUCUUCCAUCGGUAAAGGACGAAGACAAUAUAUCUUGGAAUAAUCAGUCAACACACAAACCUGCCUGAUAGCACAAGAAUUCAAAAGUAGCGAUCGGUGUUUUACCUCAACGGGAGAAGAGAAGAUACACUUUUGCCAUGGGGAAACCAAAAAAUAUACAGUAUGGGCAACAGCACAGGACAGUUGGGGAGGAGGUCACCAGGGUGGUGUACGUUCGAAAAAAAGAUGCAAGACAAGCAAAAGGCAUUCUAAAGGAUGGUGGUUUUCUGGACGACAGAUUUCGGAUGCUCCCCGCGACAGCUUCGGCGAUAGAAAAUAUGAAUGCGAAUGGCGAUGCUGAUUUCGAUCCGGCCACCGAUACCAUCUCUGCCCUGGUUGCGAUUCCUGUAUGCGGAGAAUUCAGCGAGGAAGGAAACUGUUUUGACGGAAUCGUUGGUAGUAUGACUGCUAGUGAUGAUAAAGACAAUAGCGAAUGCACCGAUGGUUCGAGAUCUGCAUCACACUUCUCCUCUAUUCUUGUUGGAGUUGGAUAUCAAACAUGCCCGUAUAGUACCAAAAUGCUUGGAAAUUCUCGAGCUAAUCGCCAAAAACUCAGGAAUAGCAAUAUCAACAGCACGGCUGUUUCUUGUACAACUGGAAUUAUGGAGAGCCUAUGCCUCUCUCGAUCGGUGAUUUUAGAAGACGUCUCGGAGAAUUGUGAUCAGAACGGAAAUAUUAGUAGCAACAGUAUCUUCGAUCGAGUGUUGCAACUCGAUUCGACCGUUUGCCCUGGAAGCCGACGUCGUCCAUUACUAGAAGUUUUUGGUGACGACCGUACGGUUGUGGUUCCACCGGAUGCGUUCGAGGGGGAAGAGUUUCGUUCGAUUCUCCGUGAUGUUCAGCGACUACGAGUGCAACAGCGAAAGGCAAAACAAUCUCCAAGUAGCAACGGUAUCGGCGAUGAAAAUGACAAUGAGAAUUCGAACAGACAAGAGAACGGUCAAAGUGAUGAUAUUGUGAACCUCUACGUCGAUUUCUGGCGCCGUCUUGCUUUGGCACACAACAGCCCUCGCGUUGUGCGGAGGGGUGGUAUCGAUCCAAACAGCCAAAUUCGAGAAAGCGGCCAUCGCAUUCUCUGGCCCCGCCCCUCUAAAUCAAUCGAUAGUUGCAACAAUGAAAAUAAUACGAUGGAUGGGUUGCAAUCCAGGUCGUGGAUAAGAGUCACCGAGCAGGGAAUAAAGCAAUCUUUUGAUUUGACGAAAGUCAUGUUUAGCCGGGGGAAUAUUUCUGAGAAAAUACGGUUUGGAAAACAUUUGGUUCGAGAAGGAGAUAUUGUCUUGGACUUGUACGCUGGUAUUGGCUACUACACUCUACCCGCCGUCAUCCACGGCAAGGCGUCGAAAGUCUACGCGUGCGAGUGGAACAGGAAUGCCGUCGAGGCUCUACGGUUCAAUGUACGGGACAACAAAAUCGAGGACAAGAUUGAGAUCUUCGUAGGGGACUGCCGAGAAUCGGUCAAAACACAUGGAAUUGUUGGUUUAGUAGAUCGGGUCAGCCUCGGAUUGCUCCCAAGCAGCGAGGGUGGAUGGAGAGCUGCCAUCCGAGCACUCAAGGUACCUUCUGGUGGCUGGUUGCACGUUCAUGCUAACGUACCCGCCUCGGAGAUGGCAUCUUGGACCCUCUGGCUCUGCCACCGCUUGGAGAUUUUAGUGCAAGAAGAACAUCGACCAGAUGACUGGUGGAUCCUCUGUAAUCAUGUCGAACGCGUCAAAAGCUUUGCUCCCACAGUCUUUCAUUACGUUGCAGAUGUCUUUGUGGGCAGUCUCUCCUCCGAGGCAGCUAUUCCGAUUGGAGAAACAUUUGUGCAACAAAGAAACCAAGUAGAAAUGGCCGAGAACAACACUUGUAGGGCUUGGAUGCGAAAGUCGUCCGACCUGACUUGGAUUCCAGCGUCGAAAGAAAUCGUUGUUGAACCAUCUUGUGCUCUCUCCCCAGAUGGUGUGCUUUCCCAGGACUGGAUGAGAUGAGAGAGAUCCUCUCAUAGACGAAAUAGUGAAUGUUGAUGCUAACCUAACGAAUAAGCGAAUUAGAUAGAA